GUUCAGUCAUAAGUUGUGCGGUGGGCUUUUCGCUCUAGUUUUUGAUUUAUAAGAUUGUCUUAGUCAUAGAGUUGUGUUGUUUCUGUUCACUGUCGGUCUCUUUCACUAUUAAGUGUGCGCUUGCUGUGUCGUUGACUCACUUUAUCUUAUGUUCCCUUUUCUAGCACUCCAAGCUAUUGUGCGUGUUCUUCUUGUACACAAAGUACCUUCUGGCCUGACACAAACCACAACAACUGACUCCCGUCCCUUGUUCAGGGUUCGUCUGACUCCAUAACAACACAAAUUACUGCCAACAAAACUACACAUGUUCAAAAAGUUUGACGAAAAGGAGGACAUUUCCUGUACAAAUAAUGCUAAGAACUCCAUCGUGAAAUCUUUACGCACUCGACUGACUGAAGGUUAUGGCAUUGAUAGUAAAAUGGUUGAUCAGAUUUUACCCAAGAAAGAUGUUGUAAAACACAUUAAGUGUCAUGAACAUGUCGACUUGUAUUCAGAUUCUGACGGUGAAGUCAUGUUUUUCCGACAACGUGAGGGUCCGUUUAUUCCAUCGCUGAGAUUGCUUCAUAAAUAUCCUUUCAUCCUACCUCAUUUACAAGUUGACAGAGGUGCUAUCAAGCAUGUUUUAAAUGGGUCAAAUAUUAUGUGUCGUGGUUUGACAUCACCCGGUGCUCGGAUGACAGAAGUUCCUAAGGAGUCAGUUGUUGCUGUAAUGGCAGAAGGCAAAACAAAUGCACUCGCAGUUGGUAUUACUAUGUUAUCUACUGAUGAGAUUGAAGAAGAACACAGCUUGUCAACCAACAAUGGCAUUGGGGUCAAAAAUAUACAUUAUUUGAAUGAUGGAUUAUGGCGUCUCAAAGGACUUCACUGUCGGAAAUACAAAGGAAAAACAUGCGUUUUUAUAGCACUGUGUUUCUUUGCAGCAUUCCUAUAUUUCACUAAACAUUAUAUCGUCAAUGAUGUAAUAAUAAGGAUAUCCGAUUGGAAGUGGGGUCCAGCUGAUAGUCAGAAUUGUCCAGUAUUUGAUCACUCUAAAGAAGACCCUACUAUUAAUCGUAUGGCAGUUUUAGUACCGUUUAGAGACCGUUUCACUGAAUUGCAAGAAUUCAUACCUCAUUUAAACAACUUCCUCAAUAAUCAAAACGUUCGUCAUACAUUUUUUAUCAUUAAUCAAGUGGAUGAUCUUCGGUUUAAUAGAGGAGCUUUGUUAAAUGUAGGAGCACUUGAGUCACUUGAAGCUGAAGUUAAUGGAAUUAUUGUUGAAAGUAUUACUCAAAAAAAUUCAUUGUAUCAGUUAUCUUCACAAUGUUUAAAACUUCCUUUUACAAAAUAUUUGGCUUUACAUGAUGUUGACUUACUACCUGAAGAUCCGGCAUUAAAAUAUAAUAUGCCAUCGGAAUUAGGACCGAUUCAUCUUAUUCCAUUUUAUCUUCAUCCACGUUAUUAUUAUUUUAAAGAAUAUGCCGGUGGUGUUUUAAUCAUUAAAAGAACUCAAUACAGUUUAGUUGGUGGUAUGUCAAACUCAUUUUGGGGAUGGGGACGAGAGGAUGAUGAAUUUCAGAUACGUUUAAAAUCGAAAGGAUUUAAGUUAAUGUUAGUAAAUUCGACUUGGCAGAUUAAUCAACAAACUGUAUUUGGUUGUUUAAAUGUAAAACUCUUGGGAGUUUUGAUUAAAGAAACUUCUAAUAUAGACUACGUUUUUAUUAUUUCUCAUAAAACUUUUGAAUUGAAAAUUGAUGACCCAGUAAUAAAUGUCCUCACUCUACCUCAAACUUGUAGUGCACCAGAUAUUUUUUGUGCUUUACUUCAAAUAAAAAAUAUAGACAAAUGUUUGAGGAAUAAACAUCAUGUUGGAAAAUUUAUAAAUUUGAUUGAUUCCAAUGAUUUUGGACCGAGUAUUCGAUGGUGA